CAGGAAGUGACGAUACCGGGAGCCCCGCCCCGCCCCGGGGCUGCGGGGUGAGGGGUCGGUAAAUAGUGGUGACGUCACGCCGCCGAGAUGGCGGACGGGGAGGAGGCGGGCUGGUGGCGGGGCUGGCUGCAGCAGAGCUUCCAGGCCGUCAGGGACAAGUCCUCAGAAGCUCUGGAGUUCAUGAAGCGGGACCUGGCUGAGUUCACCCAAGUAGUGCAGCAUGACACGGCCUGCACGAUCGCCGCUACGGCCAGCGUGGUCAAGGACAAACUGGCAAGGGCAGAAGGUUCCUCAGGUGCGACUGAAAAGGUGAGGAAGGGAAUUUCUGACUUCCUGGGCGUCAUCUCAGACACAUUUGCUCCCUCGCCGGACAAAACCAUCGACUGCGAUGUCAUAACACUGAUGGCAACCCCCUCGGGGACCACAGAACCCUACGACAGCGCGAAGGCUCGCCUCUACAGCCUCCAGUCAGAUCCAGCCACCUACUGCAACGAACCCGAUGGCCCUGCUGAGCUCCUCGAGGCCUGGCUCUCCCAGUUUCACCUGGAGGAGAAGAAAGGGGAGAUUGCAGAGCUGCUGGCAACCAGCCCUUCCAUACGGGCUCUCUACACUAAAAUGGUCCCCGUGGCUGUUUCCCACUCUGAGUUCUGGCAGCGCUACUUCUACAAAUUGCAUCGCCUGGAGCAGGAUGAAGCCCGGAGGGAGGCUCUGAAGCAGCGCGCGGAGCAGAGCAUUCACCGGGAGGAGCCAGGCUGGGAAGAGGAUGAAGAGGAGCUCUUGGGGAUGUCCCCCCUGCCUUGUGCAAACGUGAAAUUUCCAGAAGCAGCAGAGAAAGCAGCUGCCCCUGCAGCCCCGGAGGGAAGCCACCCUGCUUCUCACAAGGGUCCCUCAGAGGAAGGCUGGGCUGUCCUCCCUCCUGAGCCAGCCCCAGCAGAGGGGAGCCCCUCCGAGAGCAGUGAGAGCGUCUCCCUUGUGACUCAGAUUGCAAACCCUGCCUCUGUGCCUGCCGCACAGCUACAGACUGGAGCACAGCCAGACGGGGCCAGAGACCUCUCCCAGAGGCUGCUGGAAGCCACUUCGGAAGAGCCGAGCUCUCUGCCAAAGCCCCCGGAACCUGGGCAUCCUCCUGCACCUGCCCGGGAGCCCGCAGCAUCCUCCGAGCAGCCGGCUGUUACAGAGCUCAGAGAGGUGGAGAGCAGAGCCCAGGGCAGGACAGAGACUCUGAAAGAGGAGGGACCAACAGAUCUGCGGAUCUUUGAGCUGAACUCGGACAGUGGGAAGUCCACCCCCUCCAACAACGGCAAGAAAGGCUCCAGCACGGAUAUCAGCGAGGACUGGGAGAAGGACUUUGAUCUGGACAUGACUGAAGAGGAGGUGCAGCUGGUGCUGUCCAAGGUGGAAGCCUCUGGGGAGCUUGAAGAUGAAGAGUGGGAAGACUGGGAAUAAACCACCUUCUUCCAGUGUGUCACAGGCUCAUUUCCACCAUCGAAUGUGAAUUAAAUCACGGACCGGCUGUUCCUUUGUGUGUAACUGUGCUGGGGAUCGCAGUUCCUGGCUGGAGGAAUUUCGUUCCUGCUAAAUCCUGUGGGCAUCUCAAAUGACCCCUUCAGACCUGGAGGAGGAGAAGGAAGCAGGAAUUUGCUCGUACACGUAGCUGCUAGGGAGUUCAUCUUCUCGGUAGGUCCUAGAGGCUGGCGAGGCCAAAACUGACUGCCCCAAAGGUGUCGGGUGGAGGCAGAUGCGAUGCAGGGAGGGGUCCCUGAGGUGAGCAGGCACUCGGGCACCCGGCAGGAUUGCUUGGUGCUGCCGAAUUGCCUGUUGGCUGAGUGUUUGCUUGUGUGUGUGUGUGUGUGUAAUCGAUGGUACAGCAGUUCAAAGGAUCUUGGGUGCUGCUCCCACUCGCUCACUGCUCUGUGCUGCUGGUCAGGCUGUCCCCAGAGAAAGCCCCCACGUGGGGAAUGGCCGGGGGCUGGAGACGCUGCAGGAGAAGCCCCAUUUGCUUUUUCACUCGUUGCCACAAAAAAGGCGGUUGGCUUGUGGCUUUGGCCCAGCGCUGGGCUGUUCUGGAAGGAGCCAAACUCCCUGCCAAACCCUGAGCUUCUGCCUGGCUUUUUGUCUUGGAAGCCUUUUCUGAUGGGAACUCCUCUUUGCUGCGGCAAGAGCAACAGCUCCUCUGAGAGCCAGGGCUCGAUGCUUUCCCCUUCACAGCUAGACCAGCUGUGCUGCCUUCCUCUUCUGCAUUCUAGGUACUUCUCAUUCAAUUCUCCAAGCAGAGUUUUUUGUGGCUUGCUCUCACUGAGCCCUUCUGGGCAGGCAGUGAUUUGGGGCAGCUUGGGAGUGGAACCUUGCGCUGCAGUGCCCUUGUUAAGCCCCGGUGUGGGCCACUGACGGCUUCAACACGCUGUGGUGCCAAGGCUCAGCCUCCUCCCAGCCCGGGGAGAGGCAGAAGCAUCCGAGCACAGAUGGCUCCUCUUGGUGUGUCUGCCCUCCUCACCUUCCAGCCCCACCAGGGUCACAAACCUCCCUGCGCUCACCUGGUUUCCCUCACCCAACCCCCUGUGACUGCUUGCAACGCUUCCUUCGGUCCCACGGCCUCUGCAGGCAGCUCCCUCGUGGUGCCACGAGGUGCUCCUCAGUGGGGGUCGCUAACACGAAGUUAUCCUAAAGGGGCAGAGCCCACGCUGCUGUUUUUUGGCCUUUUGGGUGGUGGUUUUAUAUGUGCUACUGUUGUCCUUCUGCCCCUUGCAGGGCUGCUCCAUGUGAGCUGGGGCUUUCCUUCUGUUUCUGGAUAGCAUUAGCCUAGGUACACUUGGAAGACUUGAUUUUAUUAUUGUUUUUUUUUUUUUCUCCGCACCAUUGGGGAGAUUCUCAAAUGCAGCUGCUCCCCUGGGUGGCUUGGUGGCAGCACCGACUUCAGGCCCUUACACGAGCUCUUGUCUGUGCUGCACAACCUGUGUGUGGGGUCCCGGGCAUGAGCUGCUGGUACACAGCAGAGCCUCUGAAACCUGCUGCAGCUUCGCCCUGGGGUGGGCUCAAGUAGCAGAAGCCCUUGUGAUGGAAGGUUUCUGCCAAGGGGUUGGGGCAGCAGGCUGAAGGCAUGAGUCACAGCGGCAUCCCUGGCCCAGCAGCAGAGCUUCAGGGUGCAGUGCUCUCACCUGUGUCAUUUUGUUUUGUUUUUCUUUUGUCAAAUUAACCAUGGGGUUGUCUGUGCAAUAUUCUCUGUUCUGAACUAUUCCGCAUCUCCCUGAGCCUUUUCUAGCUGGGGCAAAAACCAGGAACACUUCUAACAGCUGGUAGUUUUGUAACAAUGACUUUCUCCAAACCUUUUACAGACUUGCAGUUAACAGCAAUUAAAGGAAUUCUACAGAGUUG